AUGAACGAAAAAGAGAAGGAGCGGAAACAUUUCCAGUGCGUCUUUCCUGUCGACAAACAGCGGAUUCUGCUUGUCGACCCCGAAAAAUACGAGAACAACAUCUUACGACAAAAUCGACAGCACGAACGCCAGUUCUCCUUUGACGCCGCAUUUGGCCCGAACUCAAGUCAGGAAGAUGUCCAUGCAGCAACAACAGGUCCACUUGUUGACAGUGUCGUCGAUGGAUAUAAUGCAACGGUCUUUGCCUAUGGGGCCACAGGUGCCGGGAAAACGUACACAAUGAUUGGCACCAAAGAACGGCCCGGGUUGAUGACGUUGCUCACGAAAAGUUUGUAUGAGAAGAUUAAUUUGAAUGAAUGCGAAGUGUUAUUAUCGUAUUUGGAAGUUUAUAAUGAAGUUAUCCGGGAUUUGUUAAACCCCGCCUCGGGUAUCCUGGAACUUAUGGAAGAUGAAAAAGGAAACGUCCGAGUACCUGGUCUCGCCACUGUCAAAGCACCAAAUGUAAAUAGGAUCAUGCAAAUAUUACAAGAAGGCAAUCAACGUAGAACCCAGGAAGCAACGGACGCAAACAAAACGUCAUCACGGAGUCAUGCGCUGCUACAGGUAUCCCUUGUCAAAAACGGAUCGCAACACGGGAAAUUGUUUUUGAUCGAUCUGGCAGGGAGCGAGAGGGCUGCGCAUACAAAUAAUCGUGGCCAAAGAUUAAAGGAGGGAGCGGCUAUUAACAGAUCGUUACUAGCACUUGGAAAUGUUAUUAAUUCAUUAAGUUCCAAUAAUAAACCCAAAUAUGUUAACUACCGAGAUAGUAAAUUAACGAGGUUAUUAAAGGAUUCGCUGGGUGGUAAUGCGAGAACCUGCAUGAUUGCACAUGUGACAAGCGCCAGUGGACAUUAUGAAGAAACUUAUAACACAUUAGUAUAUGCAAGUCGGGCAAAGAAUAUUAGUAAUCGGAUAACAAGAAAUCGCCCGCAUUCCGCUGAUCAAGCCUACAACGACGCAAAAUCAAGAAUCGAGAAAGAAUUGGACCAACGGAUGACGCACGCCAUUUCUUCGAAUCAAAUCGCCCAAAUGGACACAGGGAAAACCACAAUACGAUGGAAUACCAACGUCAACCCAAACCGAAUAACGUAUCAAAACGCUAAUUUAAGCAGUCGCCGACCGUCAGAGAACAAAAAUACACCACGUCAACCACAAUUUUCAUCGCUGUUCGGCCAAUUAAAAGAUCAGUAUUUGACGCUCAGCGAUAAACAAAAUAAAUUACGGGAACGCUUGCUGAAGGCAAAUCAAGAGGCGUAUGAUGUUGAAAUGUCUCGUACCUCCAAGUUGGCGAUAUUGGCCGCGUGGGAAAAGGCGAAGGAAGGGAAUGCAAAGCCGACGACCAUUGACAGCAUUGAUCGGCUGCAGAAGGAUGUCGAAGAUUUGGAAGCACGAUUGAACGGUUUGACAGAUAAUCGACGAAAAAUUGAACGGGCAUUAAGGAAAGGGAAUGAUACAGCUAAAAGCAUCGAAUCAAGAAUGAGAGCCCUGGCAGCUACACCCGAGCAGAGGGAGAUGAUUGAAUUAGCUGUCAAGAUGGCCCGGAUAGAAGCUGAAAAAGUAUCUGUCGAGAGCGAUCUGGCACUACAGAAUAUUCUCAUAAAACGAACCGACUGCUCCAUGACAAAAUUACAAAAAUAUGAAAGUGUUGCGGAUAAAUUGAUAGAAGGAGAUCUGAAUGAAAAAGACCGUGAACAACUGGAGCACGAAUAUCGCAUCGUGAAAAACCAAUUUCACUACACGCUCGUUCCGUUGAAAAAUGUGCAGCCACCAGCCUCGUGGAAUUCCCAAUUACUUCUUCCCAAGAUCCCGGCAGCUACAACUGAUGAUCUCGGGAAAACGUUUGUUGUUUCGAAGAAGAAGCGAGGCAGCAUUCAAUUGCCGUCAAUUAGCAGUCACAACGAUAGUUCUGGAGUGGAUUCGAAUAGUGAUUCGAUGAGCGAGACUACUCCAAGCUCACCAUCGUCAGUGCACCUACCAAAAAUC